GUGCCGGUUGCCGGUGCGCUGUAGACAGUAUGCAGUGGACGUGACUUUUCACAGGGGGGUUGAGAUGGCGAAUCAUCUGAAGUUUGUUGCCCGCACGGUGAAAGUGCAGAACGGAAACGUGGACGCCGCUUAUAAGACGCUGAACAGGAUCCUGACGACAGAAGGAUUGGUUGACGAGGUGAAGCGGAAACGUUAUUAUGAGAAGCCAUGUGACCAGAGGAGGAGGAUAAAGUACGAGACCUGUCAGCGGAUCUACAACUCCGAGAUGGUAAGAAAGGUUGCGUUCCUGAGCCGGAAGGCCCGCACGGACCCCUGGCCUGGAUGUUAGAGGGAUGACGACGCUGGGGGCAGCGCUAUGGCGUCACGCUUGUCACCACAUCACAUGACCGGCGGCAGGAGAUACUAUGGGCGGCCUCAGAAUGACUGAUUCGGUGCAGAUGUAAUGAAUGUGAAUAUUAAACUGUUUUCUGUAUAA